ACAUGAAGUAGUAACCAUUGAUUUGGUGUCUUGUAUUUCGUUUUGUACAUAUGACACUGGGUUUUAUUUCGUCUGGAUCUUACUAGUAUUCUCCGAUCUUUUUUGUUCAGAUCAGCUGGGUAAAUAGUAUAGAAUAUUCUCUAUAUAACCUUCGAGUGACAUGGAUUUGACUUGACGAUUACUUCAAGGGAAAGAAUGGCUGUCUGAGAUACUAUGGAAACAGCUAUAAGAUGAAACUACUUACUGUCAUCAAUGUUUACCAGAGCUUUGGUACAAAUUGAAUGUGUCAUAUACCUACUAAAAAUGAUGAUACAUAUGACAGGGUUUACCAGUUCCUGACAUAGCAUAGCACAGUCUAUCUAUAUUGUGUACAUUAAUCUUAUAUUACAAGUGGUUCUCAGUAAAUAUGGGAUCUACAUCUUCUGAACCAGUGAAUCCACAACGACCCCAGUUAAAUAGUCCUAAGAACAUCAAUGAUGAAAGAAGAAGAAAAUUCCCUAAAUGGAAUAACCUUAGAAAGAAACUAUCAAGAGGUAAAAGUAUGUUCAGGACAUUUGAUCAUGGGAAAAUGCUACGAGAGCUGACUCAGACCUGGAGUUAUCAAGAAAUAGUUGCAUUGGUUGAUCAUUACAGGUCGUUAAUGGAAAUCAAAGACUCCAUUUCACAAAUGAAUCUGACCCGUCCACAUGUACAGCCACUGAAGAAAGACAUGUUGGAUCUGCUUCAAAAAGGAAUGUGUUCAGAUGUUACACUUAUCUUUAAUGGUGUGAAGUUUCCUGCCCAUAAAUCCAUUCUUUCUUCAAGGUGUACCUAUUUUCAAGAAUUGUUUUUACAAUGGGAUAAUGAAAGCUCCACAGAAAUUCCUGUCAACAUUCCUGUUGACGGCAUCUCUGUGGAGAUGUUUUCUACUUUACUGCAGUAUUUAUACACAGGAGAUUUUCCUGCACAGACCUCAGGGCUUGAUAGUUUAGACAUGCUGAUGGAACUUGGGGAAGAGUUUGGCACUCCAAAUGUAUUGGAACAGGACUUGAAAGGCCUUUUAUACAAUGCCGACCAUGCAGAUGUGCUACUUGUUUUUCAAGGACUUCAGCCCCCUGAUAUCAAAGAAAAUACAUCCCUGACUGAAACAAGCUUUGAAGUACCAUGCCAUAAAGCAAUCCUCUGUGCACGUUCACCUUUUUUCAAAUCUCUUUUACUCAAGCAAGACCUAAAUUUCUCAACCUCAAAGGAUUCUGGUUGUAUACGUCUUGUUCUUGACGAACGGGUAUUUCCUCGGCAAUAUGCUAGAGUGGUUCUCCAGUGCAUGUAUACAGAUUCCUUCGAUCUAUCCUCAGUUGUAAAGUGGAGCUCAGAGGAGAAAAAGGGCUGUGGUUUGGGAACACAUAAUCUUCUAACAAUGGCAGAGAUUGCAAUGGAAGUCUAUGAAGUGGCCAAGUUUAUUGAAUUUGAUGUCUUAGCACAGGGUUGUGAAGAUGUCCUACAGGAAGAACUGUCACCAUCAUCUCUUUUGGGUAUCAUGGAAUGGAGUGAGCAGCCUCAUGGUUCUGUCUGGGUGUCCAGACAAGCUCAGCAGUACUUACAGGAUGAAUUCCUGACAGUAGCUCAAAGUGAUGCCUUCCACAAACUACCCAAAGAGUAUCUUGUUAACGUACUCCAGUCUGAUUAUGUACAGGCUUGUGAACAUGAUGUCUUAUUGUCUGUCAUAAGAUGGGGUGAGAGUCAAGUUGCAAAGAAGAUGCAAUCAAUGCCAGAUACGAUCCAAGAUGGUAAAAGAACAGUCAAACGACGGGACAUCAUCAAUAAAGCAUUGAAGAAAGAACUUGCAGGCGUCAUCAACAACGUAAGGAUUCAACACGUGCUACCACUGCAUAGCGAUCUAUUGGAGAGUGCAAUAGAUAGGAGGUUGAUCGACAGAGGAAUGCCGCUAGAUAUCGGAGAAGGAAGCUUUUAUCCCAGCUGUCCCUGGAUGAGAAGAAGACAUGAUAAAGAUUUUGUGAAACCAAGAUAUUUCUUGCCAUACUACGAAGAAGCCAAGAGAAUCUUACAAGAGUACAAAGACACAGAACUACGCCUCCUUAAACAGCGCAUGCUUCGAUUGGGUCAAAGUAUCCCGGACACCCUGUACAUGGUCAGCGAGACCAAAGACAAACGCCGCGGCUCAGGUUAUCCUAAAGACUCUAGUAGGUCCGUCACAAACCUGGGCUAUUGUUCUGGUCGGAGGUCCUGCUCCAAUGAUCUUGGUCUCUAUUGUCGAUCAAGAAGAUCUAAUUCAUUAUCUCAAGCUGAAAGAUUGUUUUCCCGAUCGCGGGCUCAGCGAGACUUUGGUCUCCCGGAUGUUGCAUCAGAAGUGCUCUUUCAAGACGAUGAAGAAUCGACGUCAUCUUCAGACAUAUCACGCUUCGAUAAAUCUAUGCCCGGGCCAACGACGAGAAAUCCGGUUUGUUCGUCUGCAUCUUUGCCUCUCGCAGUUGCACAUGUACCGGAUGUGGCAUCCUCGUUGUCUCCUUCUCCAACUCUCUCAGAAUAACUAGCAAGAGUCUCAAUGCAAAUUGAAAUAAUUUUGGGAAGCUUUUCAAUACGUUCUGAAGUGAAAUGGUUUUCACUCGGUGCCAAAGGACUGCUAAGGUUCCAAUGCUGAAGCGCGGAAUCACUCUGGAACCCUGUGUAAGUGAUGUUUUGAAAACUACUCCACUAUUCAAACACUUAUCGCUCUUACUUUGGCUGCCAAAUGCUCUCAAAUUGUGAGUGGUAUGAUAUUUUCAUGGACGGAACAGAUUAGAAUUGCACUAACUGAGACUGAGGGUUUAGGUGUCAACCCUCACCCAAGCAAGGAGACCUGAUUAAACAUAAAUUAAUGUUGGCAGCACAUUAAACAGAUCUCUUGAAAUAAAUUAUGAUUAUAACCUCGAGCCUAGAUCAAAAUGAUUUAUAAAUUGUGCAGAAAUGGCCAUUGGGAUGUAAAUGGUUGAAUUUAACGAAAUAUUUGUAAUUAGUCUUUUUUUUUCGUAAUGACAUGGCAGCCGUGUCUUUUGUUAUUUUCUUUUCUUGGGUACGUGUGAAAACCAGUAAUACAACAGAAUCACCCAGAUAAUUUCAGAUAGAGCAUCUAAAAAAUGCUAUUAUUUUGAAAGAAAAGAAAGAAAAGACUACCCUGGGUUCCAGAGGUUAUUUAUUCUUGCGCUCGCUCGUUACAACCACAGGAAGCGAAAUAGAAUAUCUGGAGCCACGGUAAGGAAAGGCAAGAAAUCUUGGGAAAAAAUAGAAAAUCUUUCGCACUGAGUAGUUUUAGUAAGUUUCCGUUUCUCGAUCUUUCCACCCCUUUAAUUACGUUUAAAGUGCCAUAUAUCUUACUUCUAGAAAUAAUAUUAUGACUAUGUUUGUACGUGCCCGGAGGUACUCCUUAAUGUUUGAAAAAUGUGCUUGAAUUUUCAUUUACCACAGAUCAACAUUUUUUUCCAUUUUUUUUUUUUUCACUUUUUAGUUAAUCGUAUUAUUUUUUCCUUUAAUCUACAAUGACGCUGAUUGAUUGAUUAUUUUUGUUGAUGAUUCAAAUUCUCACGUGUAAAUGAAAGAGAUAUAUUUAUUAAAAUUUAGAAAAUCAUUCUUAUAUUGAUUA